AUGGAUUCAGGCUGGGGCAUUCGUCCGGUGCCACGAGAGAACAGCCGCGAUCGUAACCAAUUGGGCCACGACCUGACGGCUGAAGCAACAACUCAUCUGUCCAAGUGGGCAUCUUUCCGCCGUGGUAAAUUUCGAAAGUCCAAGUGUGUAUCUUUCCGCCGUGAUGAUCUUCACACUUCAGUGGCAUUGGCUGCUAUUUCUGAGACAUUGAAAGUUAUGAAUGAUUUGUUGCACACUCGUAAGGGAAAGAAACAGGAAAAACGAUUGGAAUCGCUUUCUUCCUUAGAAGAGAAAAUAAGAGUAGUGCUCUCUGUUCUAGGAUUGUUGCCUUCUAGUUAUCACGAGGCUCUGCAACAGCUGCGGGAAAAAGCAUUGAUAAGAGCUUCCAUCACCGAGGAACUUGUGCUGCAGAAGAUUGAAGAGAGGACUGCAGCAAGGAAGGCGAAGCAGUACGAAAAAUCUGAUGAGAUCCGAAGAGAAUUGGCUGCUGUUGGAAUUGCCCUCAUGGAUGGCCCUGAAGAAACGACUUGGAGACCAUCCUUAUCUCUUUCUGAAGAAGGGGUGGUUGUUAAGACAUGA